AUGAGAGAUUUUAAUGCCAGAAUUGGCAAAGAAAUUCCUGGUGGGGAUCGCAUUCUUAACUCAAAUGGUGAAAGACUCCUCGAAUUUAAAGAUAAUUCUAAUUUAUCUAUUCUCAACUGCACUGAAUUUUGUAAGGGUAAAAUAACUUGGCGCCGAAAUAAGCAACAAAGCACAAUUGAUUAUCUGUUAUGUUCCAACGCCUUAACUAAUUAUGUUAAUAACUUACUUAUUGACGAGGAAAGAAUGUUUAACUUCGGCAGUGAUCAUUGUGUUUUGUGGCUUACACUAAACAAUCUAGAUAUAAAUAAGCCCAUUCCUACUAAGAAUAAUAAAACAAUAUGGAAUAUUAAACCUGACCAGGAUUAUUCAAGCUAUAGAACUCGAGAGAAAUUUGAUAACUGGGAUGUUAAUGAAUUUGAUACUGUUGACUCAAUAUGGGAAUCUUGGAAGGAUAAAUUAAUUGAGGCAGCCACUGAAGGAAUAGGUCUAAAGAUUUCAAACAGCAAACUAAAACCGUGGUUUGAUAAAGAAAUUGACAUCGCCAUUAAGGAUAGGAAAAAAGCCUCCCGUGAACACUUUAAGAAAUACUGGGAAAAUGUUGGUAAAGCUAACAUGGACCUCACUGACAACAAUGCCUACUUAACUGCUAGGUUUGUAAAUGCUAUUAGAGAGGAGUUUUCAAAUGAUUUUAUGAAUGUGAAUGAAUGUACUGAUGAUACAGAUGAAAAUAAUGACAUUCUUUCGGAAGUCCAGGGAGGUUUCAGCCCAUCGCAUAGAUGCGAAGAUCAUGUAUUUGUCUUGAAAAGUGUAGAAGCUUGCCGUCUACAACAAGGUAAACAUACAUAUCUUGCCUUUCAGGACUUCCGAAAAGCUUUUGAUAGUGUUUGGAGGGAUGGGUUAAAGAAAGCCGUCUGGAAUCCUGCAGGUAUCAGAGGGAAGGUGUGGAGAAUUAUCGAUAGGUUGUAUUGUUCUGUUAAGAGUAAGGUUUGUUUUGGUUCUAUUAAAACUGAUAUUUUUGAUGUUGAACAAGGGGUAAAGCAGGGAUGCGUUUUCUCCCCUAUACUAUUUAAUAUGUUUAUGAAUGAAUUUACCAAAAUUCUAAAGUCAAAUGGCCUUGGCACUAGAAUUAAUGAUGAAUGGGUUGGAAGUCUAUUUUGGGCUGACGACAUUGUGUUGCUAGCCAAUAUUUUUGUUCUUUUCUGCCUUGCUGUUCUUCCAACUUUGGUCAUUGCAAUCUUUUAG